AUGAGAUCACUCAGCAUCAACAUGCCUCAUCUGCAGCGCAAUGAGAAUUCCAAGCAGCUCAUAGUCAAUGGGCGCCCGUUUCUCAUACGAGCGGGCGAACUCCAAAACUCUUCAUUGACGUCGGUCGAGUACAUGGAGCCAGUCUGGCAAAAGAUGAUCGAUACAAAUAUCAACACUCUGCUGGGCUGCGUAACCUGGGAGAUGAUAGAGCCUGAAGAAGAUGCUUUUGACUUUUCUAUUCUCGACGAGAUUAUUCUCGCAGCACGAAAGCACUCGAUGCAUCUUGUGCUACUCUGGUUCGGCUCAUUUAAAAACGGGCUUUCGACAUACGUGCCACCGUGGGUUAAGCAGAACGCUAAGCGAUUCCCCCGAGCUAAACUACGCAAAGCUGGCGGUCGACUUGAAACUGCCGAUGUUCUAUCACUCUUCCAUCCAGAGUCUCGCAACGCUGAUGCUAAGGCGUUCGGUGCGCUCAUGAAGCAUCUACGGGACUUGGACCGCUCUCACUCCACUGUGAUCAUGGUUCAGGUUGAGAAUGAGAGUGGCCUGUUAGGCGAUUCCCGAGAUGGGUCUGAACUGGCAGAACAGGCCUUUCGCCAACCUGUUCCACGGGACCUGGUCGAAUUCUUCACUUCAAGCUGGGAACACCUCCACGACGAUAUAAAAAAGCACAACUUAGCACACUUCAGCCCCGAAGGACUUGAAGGCGGCGACUGGGAGACCGUUUUUGGAUCAAGCCCACGUACCGAUGAACUGUUUAUGGCAUACCACUACGCUCUCUACGUCAACCAAGUCGCAGGAGCUGGCAAGUCACAAUAUCCCAUCCCGCACUACACUAAUAUGUGGAUGAACUACGCCGGGGACGAUACAGACAACGACUUUCCAGUCAUCGUGGGCGGGGGAGGUAUGCCGGGGGAUUAUCCUUCCGGCGGUGCCGUGAGCAAUGUCAUGGAUGUCUGGAUGCACUUUGCGCCAAACCUGGAUUUCCUCGGUCCUGAUAUUUAUCUUAACGAUUACGACAGGUCUUGUGAGAAAUAUAGACACAGAAACCAGCCGCUCUUCGUUCCGGAACAGCGACGCGAUGACUAUGGCGCUCGGCGUAUCUGGAUUGCCUAUGGAUCCCAUGCAGCGAUUGGCGUGGCUCCCUUUGGCGUUGACACUGUAGAGCCAGCCAACAAUCCCUUUACCAAGCAUUACGGGCUCCUUAAGUCAGUGUCAGCUAUUGUCCUUGAAGCCCAGCGUCUACCAAACUCAUCAGUUGGCUUCUGCUUCGACGAGAUACCAAAUGGCUCAUCGAACAGUAUGUCUCACCCUGUAAAGCGGAGCUGGGGAGAUUUCGACAUCACAAUUGAUCGAUGUUUCGUCUUUGGAAAGCCAGGACCAGGGGCAGGCAUGGUUAUUCAUCGGGGGCACGGCAAGUUUCUGUUGAUUGGAUGGGGAUUCCAUGUCAGCGCAAAGAGUUCAUUGCGGAAUGCAACAUUCACGGGGAUCCUGAAAGCCGAGGAAAAGGCCGUUGAUGAUGAAGAAACAGGCCGUCUACGGGUGGUGCGUGUCUUGAAUGGAGAUGAGACUAGAAGUGGCAGUUUUGCCAUGAUGCCUAAUGAGGACCCUGAUUAUGACGGCUUUCCUAUCUCUGUUACUGUCCCAGCCAGGACAAUGAUUGCUGAGGUAACCUUUUACUCUAUCUCUGAGUAG